GUACCUGUUAAACUAAAAGCGUUAGUGAGCAGGGGCUGUUUUUUCAAAACAAGUCCCCAUCUCCAUCAGCUGUUCAGGAGAAUGUUUGAAGCUGUGAAGCUCCAGAAAUGUUUUGUGGCCGACGAAAAUUUAUGCGGAUGGGGAUGAGGGCAUAAUGACUGAAUUUUCAUAUUUGGGUGAACUAAUGCUCAACCUACAUAGGCCUGUUUAGCAGAUCCACAAAAAAGUUGCUUCAUUUUCUCCAUUUUGUUGAUUUUAACGCUGGUUUAGUCACUGAACACUGAAUAACCUAUUUUGCUGUGGUGAUGGUAAUGGAGGAAGCUCAGAAUUUCCAUUAGGGACGUCGAGCAAUUGUAAUUGCCUCAAAGUGGUGAAGAUUUUUUUUUUUUUUUUUUUUUUUUUAACAAAUGUCACUGAUGAGUGGGAGGAUUCAGUCACAGCCGGCUCAACGCUUUCAACAACAGGCUCUUAAACUCACUGUGUUUGCCUCCAUCUAGCGGCUGGUGUGUGUUAACCCUCCUUGAGAAGGAGGCAGCAGAUAUAUGCCAGUCCACUGCACCUGACCAGGCGACAUCGAGACAGUCUCUGCUGGUCUCCAGCCUCUGAAACACACAGUAAACCCUGUGUGUCAGUGUGCGCGCGCGCGCGUGUGUUCGUGUGUAUGUGUGCGUCUGAUGAACGCAUCGAUGGAGUGACUGACCCGAGAACAAAACCAGGUGGAGGCUUACACAGAUUAAUGCCGUGACACCACCAAGCAACAGGUAGAGUCGCUUUUUGACAUUCCACAGCCGCCGAUACAACAGCACGUCUGUUCCCCGCGGGAGUGCGGAAGUUGCUUGCAGCCUGUUCAAUUGGGAUCCCGUCAGUUUUUUACAGGCUGAUCGGAGAGCGAGGCUGACACUUCUGGAUCACUGACUGGUGACUGAGGCUGUUUUUUUUCUUUCUUUCUUUCCCUCUAAUCCGGGAAGUCGCAUCUGCAUUCAGCACCCUCUCAUCAUGCCCGUCCACAGGAGGCAGCCGAGUAUCGAACUGCUGGAAUUCAUGGGAGUGGUGAGAGAGAAUGGCAAUGACCAGACAUCACUUCCUCCUGUGCACACACCACUAUCGUACGACUAUGUCCUGGUUGCCAAAACAAUUGAAAACCAGGAAAGGGAAGCGUUCAAGAAGCAAACUGAAUACAUCGAAGAAUUGAAAAAAAAGAACAUGAAAGUCACAAAAAUUAUAGAUGAUGAGCUCGUCUUCUAUGGGAUUCAAGCCCCUAAAGAAAUCUUUGAGAAGUACAGGUAUCUGCUCAAAGUGUCUGAUGCUUGUAACUGGAGCUCGGAUCAGAACAUUGUACCACUCAGCACCAGAAUAAGGAUCGUCCACUUCAUCUUGAAUCACACCCCUAUCCGUACAGGAGAGAGUUUGAGGGAUCUUCUGAAGAUGAAAGUUUUUGAGGCACGGUUCUGCUUGCAUGAGAAAAAGAAACAGAGAGAGCUGAAGGAGAGCUGGGCACGAUGGACCGCCUGUCUCCAAGGGCAACCCAUAACUGCUGUCAGGAACUACUUUGGUGAGAAGGUGGCCUUGUAUUACCUGUGGUUGGGCUGGUACACAUAUCUGCUCAUCCCGCCCGCUCUUAUUGGGGUCAUAGUCUUCCUCUAUGGCCUUGCCUUCUUCAACAGCUCACCCCUCAUAAAGGAGGUCUGCGAGGCCGACACGGUCAUGUGCCCACUGUGUGACAAGAGAUGCAAAGUGUGGCAGCUCUCUGACACCUGCACAUAUGCCAAGGUGAGCCUGCUGUUCGAUAAUAACGGCACAGUGCUCUUUGCGAUGUUCAUGGCAGUGUGGGCAACACUGUUCCUGGAGUUCUGGAAGAGACAUCGGGCUUCCUACGUGUGCGAAUGGAAAGUGUCUGAUUGGUGUGAGGAGGAGGAGGAACUGAUCCUGGAAAUUGUGAACAACGCCAAAUGUGAACCAAAAAAAUAUAAGCACUCAUAUCUGCGCAGCACUCUGGUUUUGAUCUGCGUCACAGCUAUGAUAUUGGUAAUCAUCGGCCUGACACAUGCCUUGGUGGUGUUCAGGGUGAUUGCAGCCGUGCUCUUCGCUGAAGGAUCUUGGGAGUUUCUCAGCAACCACUCGAACCACGGAGCAAUGAUGCUAGGGGCCGUCCUGCAUUACCUCAUCAUCACCGUCAUGACACGGAUCAACAGGAUUGUAGCCAUGAAGCUCUGUGAAAUAGAGAAAACAAGAUCAUUUGCUGCCACAGAAAAGAGUUUCACAGUCAAGAUGUUCACCUUCCAGUUCUUCACCUAUUUCUCCUCCCUCUUCUACGUAGCCUUUUUUCUUGGCAGGAUAAAUGGCCAUCCUGGUGGUUAUGUCCGAAUUGCAGGGUUAUGGCGGUUAGAGGAGUGUCAUCCUAGUGGAUGUCUCACAGACCUGUUCAUCCAAAUGGCAAUCAUAAUGGUGCUCAAGCAAACCAUCAGCAACGUCUUUGAGUUCGCCGGCCCCUGGUUCUGUAGGUGGCUGAAGAGAAGAAGGACACAGAAGCUCCAGAGGAAAUGUGCCCACUGCUACCUGAAAGACGAGUCAGAGGCCAAACACGGUGCCGAGCUGUGCGAUAAUUGCAAACUGCGAGACUGGCUGAGUAACUACCGUCUCAAUAAUGUGGACUCCUUCAGCCUGUUCAAUGAGUUUCUGGAGAUGGUGAUCCAGUUUAGCUUUACCACCAUAUUCGUGGCAGCAUUUCCUCUGGCGCCUCUGCUCGCCCUCAUUAAUAAUGUCAUUGAGAUUCGAUUGGAUGCCAUUAAAAUGGUCACUCUGGAGCGCAGACUGGUUCCCAAGAAAACCAACGAUAUCGGUGUGUGGAUAGACGUGUUGGAGGCUAUCGGUGUCUUAGCUGUCAUAGCGAACGGCCUGGUCAUUGGCGUAUCUUCAGACUUCAUCCCUCGAUUGGUGUACCAGUACCGCUACGGCCCGUGUGCCAACGGCAACGCAACAGACGUUGACUGCAUGGCUGGCUACAUCAACAACUCUCUCUCCAUUGCACGAAUGGGUGACGAGAGCAUUCUCAAGGAGUUUUCAGCCAGUCAGAUGGUCACUGCGAGUGGCCUGAAUGUUUCUCAAUGCAGCUACAAGGACUACAGGAGCAACGAGGACUACAGCUUAACCCCACAGUUCUGGCUCAUUUUAGCUGUGCGCUUUGCAUUUGUCAUCCUGUUUGAGCACGUUGUCGUCAUAUGCAAGUUCAUUGCGGCCUGGUUCGUGCCGAGUGCUCCCAUGCAGGUCAAGAACGACAGACUCUUUGAUAAACUCAACAGGCUAAAAGAGGAACUCAAUUCCUUUGAAGUGUGACAGCAUUCGGACACUCAGAUGUUACACGUUUUCCCCCCCCUGAGGACAUGAACCCAGUGUUGCCUUGUGCAUUGAAAGUGUCCGGACUAUCACAGUGUUGAGUCAAACUUUGAAGCCAUUAAUCACCUCCCUGAAGAGCUCAGAGCUCUGGAGGACUCCCGCUCGCUCUUAUUGUUUGCAGUCAAAUGUGAAGUGUUGGCUAUCUGGAUUCUGAUCUGUGAAAUGGACUUGAAGGCAGACUAAUUUUUUUUUGGACAAAACUGAUUGUACAGUAACUGAUUUUACUGACAUGAGAUUAUUCUUAUUCUAUUUUAAGAAUGCACUGAUAGCUUACUGUUGGAUCUCUAUAUUUGUGAGACGUAUGUGAGUGUUUUUAUUAAACGCCUAAAGCUAAUUUAUACCGCUCCUGUACAUACAGUACCGAUUGUGUGUUACGAUGUUGCCUUACCCUGUAAAAAUGCACUGCGAUGAAUGUCUUUGCUGCAGACAGAUUCUGUUGCUGAAUUUUUGUCAAUCAGACACAGGAAUGUUUUGCAUUUUCCUAUUUUGUAUUACUGAAUAAAAGAGGGAACUUUUG